AUGAAAUCAUUCGGAAAUAAUACAUUGAUAACACACACUUCAUUUGGUGAAACACAAAAAGUGUCAGCUAUGGAGGGUACGUUUGUUUAUCGUGAAGUAAAGCACGGUCAUAGUUACAUAUCUCAACAGUGUACAAGAAAUCUAGUUAAAGAUUUAUUUGCAUCAUGUUCAAACACUGCUAAAAAUAUAGCAUGUGCGAAAACAAAAUCAAGAGCUGUUGCUUGUAAUGUUCUUGCCCCUUAUUUCACGCCCAAAUUAAUUGAUGAUAUAUCAGAAGCUCGAUUUUAUUCGAUAUCAUUUGAUGUUUCAAAUAAAGGAAAUAUAAAAACAUAUCCAUUUACUGUUCAAUAUUUUAGUGACAUUGGAGUUAAAAGAGGAAUUCUUCAAUUUGUUGAUGAUCCACCAAAACGUGUUGAAGAAUUGAAAUCGUAUUAUGAUUUCAUUCAAGUUGAAUAUCGUGUAGAAAAUGUAUUAGUUGAUAUUCAACGAGCUGAAUUGAAGCUGCAACGCGUUUAUACUACAGCCGUUGAUCUCUAUGGUAUUAUCUCAAAUUUAAUUAAAAAAUUAGAACAACGAUUGAAUGAUAAAUAUUUUGGAAGUAAAACACAUUCAAUAUUAAAUCAAUUAAUGGUUUUCAAUGAAGAUAAAGCUAAACAAUUGCAAGAUUCAUUUCAAUCAUUUAUUGAAUGUGUUAUUAAAUAUAUUGAUUCUUAUUUUGAUCGGGCUUCGAGAUUUAUUUCAAAAAUGAUCUGCUUUUGA